ACGGCGACGUGCACAACAAACAACAAACUAUCUUAUCGGGAGGCUGGAAUAUCUGUUGCUACGCCCUACACACGCCGUGUAAUCAGUCUGAGAUAUUUUUAGAGUCAAGUAGGGUAGUUGAGAUUUUUGUCGCAAGUCUUUUGGUGAUGGAUCCGGAAGACAGGUCUCUAGAUGAUUGUGACGGCCCGAUUGCAAGUUUUCGAGGUGCCACGUUACAAAUACAAGCAGAAAAUGCAGCCGAAGAUGUUGCCUCUUUGUCCGUCUCAAUCUCGCAGACUUCCCAGAACGAGCGAGGUUGGUCUAAUGCUGUUGUAAACGAUGGUGACCCAGUAUCACCAUCCGAAAUCAAAUCAGAUGUAGCUGCAUUGCCUUGGUCUGAGGACCACAUUAAAAAUUUAUUUUCUUCUCGUGAAGGAUUGGUAGACCAAGCAGUCCAGGACAGUAUUUCUGCAUUCGUACAGCCAGAUUUAGAUGGUGAAGUUUUAGGAUCAUGGAUAAUGACUGAGAUAAACAUCUGGGAUGCUGAAAAAGAGAGACUAGUCCUAUUGACUAAUAAAUCUCUUCUAGUCAUUAAGUUUGACUUCAUUGCAUUAAAACCUCUGGAAGUUAGACGAACAUUACUAGAGCAGAUUGACACUCUUGUGGUAGGAGAUCUUGCUUAUCCACCAGCAUCACUUGUGCCGCGUAUGAAUGGUCUGGCAUCCGGUGUCUCCACCAUUGUGAAAGGGUGUCUGCUUCAUUGGUCCCGUCCGUCAGAAUUAUGUCACACUGCCUUGGAUGUUUCGCAGUUUGAGCCCAGACCACGGAAUAUGCAAGGACUGCGUGUAAUGUGGAACAAUGGAGAACCUAUUACAUUUUCAAAAAAGUGGAAUCCUUUCAACAAUGACAUUCCCUACCUCACUUUUGCCUCUCAUCCUUUAUUAUGGCACAAAGAAUCAAUUCAAGUUGAGGGAAGGAAAGUUAAAGAACUGCCUUUCAGCUAUAAUGUCGAAACUUUAUCUGAAAGCCUGAUGGCUACUAUGGAGAAACUAGGCAAGCCCACAAAAAGUAUUAUUCAACAUAAACCAAUUCUGCUCCAUAACUAUUUGUCUCUUGGCUCAUUGAUUCACAACAGAAAUUCUUUAGGCUUUUUUAAAGUGCGUGGUCGGUUUAGCUUUUGAAUACCUCUCUUGCAUACCCACCCACUCUGUAUAGUUAACACAUUUUUUGUUACCAUUUAUUAUUAUUUGACUUGUGGAGACACUGCUCUACCGAUGUGUAUGUUAUUUCUUUUUACGCUUAUUCAUUUUUCAGUAUACUUCUGUGAUACAGCUAGUUUUCUAUGGGGUCAUAGAACCUUUAGACAUUUCCUCACUUUUUCCAACUACUGUAAUAUGAUCUUUUAAUGGGGGUAACACCUGAAUUUGACAAUCUAAAACUAAUCAUUGAAGUUCCUGUCUCUUUAUCAUUGUCUUCCUGUUCUAAUGUAAGAUCAGCAUUGCCAAAGAAGAGUUUAUGUGGUUGCUUUUUUUUCUAUCCUACUAUUCCUACAUUUCAAACUUUUAUAAUUGUUAAAUUAUUGUUGUCAAAUUUGAGCUGCUAUAUUUUAAAAGCAUACAAAAAUGUGUCAAAAUUUUAUGAGGCAUUUAUGGGAAGUGUUUGUUGUUAUUACUGUUUGUUUCUUCUCUUUCUCUCUCUCUCUCUCUUUUCCAUUUGAUAACAAUAGGAGAAUGUAUUGCCACUUGUAAUCUCCUUUUCCAAAUAAUUGCUCUCAUUCAUGCUAAUCAAGUAAGUUAUCAUAAAGGGUGUGGGUCUGAGUGUGGGUCGACUGGGUGGGAGUAUUUGUCAUGGGUACCUGGUUAAUGAGCACCUUGGAUCAGGCCACUUCUCAUCUCUCUCUUCUUGCCUAGCUUUCCUGUGAUAAAAAUUUGUUAAUAAAUCAAUACAUGUUGUA